UCCAUCUCGGCGCUCGCUCCCCUCCGGGGCCCCGCCCGCCCAGGAAGCAGGCAGAAAACCUGGCCGGGGUGUCCUUGCCUUUCCCCUUCCCUCACCGCCCGGAGGGGCCGGACGGCGAUGACCCCCAAGCCUGCCGGGCCCCCGGACGGGGGCUGGGGCUGGGUGGUGGCCGCCGCAGCCUUCGCGGUGAAUGGGCUCUCCUACGGGCUGUUACGCUCGCUGGGCCUCGCCCUCCCUGACCUCGCGGAGCACUUUGACCGAAGCACCCAGGACACUGCGUGGGUCAGCGCCCUGGCCCUGGCGGUGCAGCAGGCAGCCAGCCCAGUGGGCAGCGCCCUGAGCACCCGCUGGGGGGCGCGCCCCGUGGUGAUGGUUGGGGGCGUCCUCACCUCGCUGGGCUUCGUCUUCUCCGCUUUCGCCCGCAGUCUGCUGCACCUCUACCUUGGCCUGGGCGUCCUUGCUGGCUCCGGCUGGGCCCUGGUGUUCGCCCCUGCCCUGGGAACCCUGUCCCGUUACUUCUCCCGCCGUCGAGUCUUGGCCGUGGGGCUGGCGCUCACGGGCAACGGGGCCUCCUCGCUGCUCCUGGCGCCCACCCUGCAGCUCCUCCUUGACACCUUCGGCUGGCGGGGCGCCCUGCUCGUCCUCGGCGCCAUCACCCUCCACCUCGCCCCCUGUGGCGCCCUGCUGCGACCCCUGGUGCUCCCUGGCGACCCCCCGGCGCCACCCCGCGGGCCCUUAGCUGCCCUCGGCCUGGGUCUCUUCGCGCGCCGGGCCUUCUCAGUUUUUGCUCUGGGCACAGCCCUGGUUGGGGGCGGCUACUUCGUCCCCUACGUGCACUUGGCCCCCCACGCUUUAGACCGGGGCCUGGGCGGGUAUGGGGCAGCGCUGGUGGUGGCCGUGGCUGCGGUGGGGGACGCGGGCGCGCGGCUGAUCAGCGGCUGGCUGGCGGACCAGGGCUGGGUGCCCCUCUCGCGCCUUCUGCUGGUGUUCGGGGCUCUGACCGGGCUGGGGGUGCUGGCCGUGGGACUGGUGCCCUUGGCGGGGAGCCAGGAGGGCUGCCGCGGGGCCCUGCUGGCCGCGGCUGGGGCCUACGGGCUGAGCGCCGGAAGCUACGCCCCCCUGGUUUUCGGCGUGCUCCCGGGGCUAGUGGGCGUCGGAGGUGUCGUACAGGCCACAGGGCUGGUGAUGAUGCUGAUGAGUGUGGGGGGGCUUCUGGGCCCUCCCCUGUCAGGUAAGGGCCCGAGCCAGCAGAUCCGCUCCCAACCGUCCUCUGUCCCCCCCUUUUACCGCCUCCCCCCACCCCUGGGUCCCAGGCCUCUAAAUUCCUUUCCCCUUCCUUGCAGGCUUCCUAAGGGACGAGACCGGGGACUUCACCGCCUCCUUCCUCGCCUGCGGCUCUUUCAUUAUCGCUGGCAGCUUCAUCUACAUGGGGCUGCCGGGGGCGCUGCCCUCCUGCCCACCGGCCUCCCCCUCCCCGCAGGCCACCCCUCCUCCCGAGAGGGGGGAGCUGCUCCCGGUUCUUCCGGUCGCCCUGCUCUCCUCGGGAGGCCCUCGAUCCACUCUGGACACUACGUGUUGACCGUUUUGUUUGGGCCACUCCCCCAAUAAAGAAUUUCUAUCCGGUUUCCUGCAA